AUGUUAAGUAGAUUAUUUUGCAGAAUCCAACCAAGAAAACUUCAGUGCAUUGCGGUACUCAACAGAGAUGUGUGGAAUAGGGAUGUGGCAGUGUUUCUGAAGAAUUAUGGCAGCGUUAACAGUAUUAGGAACGGAAGCAGCAGUAGCAGAAAGAAACCCGUGGUGCCGCCUCAUGGUAACAAAGCUCCCAAGUUGGGCGAGAACAGGGAGUAUUCACCGUUCCAUGAACCAGGACAGUCGACAGCAGAAUGGGUCGUGGCUAGGGCGGACGACAUCCUUAAUUGGGGCCGUAGGAAUUCUGUAUGGCCCCUCACAUUCGGCUUGGCUUGUUGCGCUCUAGAAAUGAUGCACUAUGCUGGACCAAGAUAUGACAUGGACCGCUUUGGCAUGGUUUUCCGGGGGACACCUCGUCAGACGGACGUGAUCAUUGUGGCCGGUACUGUGACUAAUAAGAUGGCUCCAGCGUUACGGAAGACUUAUGACUUGAUGCCCGAACCACGGUGGGUCGUUUCGAUGGGCAGCUGCGCUAAUGGUGGUGGAUAUUACCAUUACACAUAUUCUACCGUUCGGGGUUGCGAUAGAAUCGUACCGGUGGAUAUCUAUGUCCCAGGCUGUCCUCCAACAGCUGAAGCACUGCUAUACGGUAUGCUACAGUUACAGAAAAAGAUAAAACGUAUGAGAGUAGUACAAGUGUGGUAUCGGAACUAA